UUUAUUAGGAAAAAAAAAAGAAAAAAAGAAAAAAGCCGACAAAAAGAUUAAAAUAAUAGGUAAGGUAGAGGCAGAAGUACUUUUUGGGGGGGAUCCAAAUCAUCUUUUGCUGCUGCUUCUCUGCUCUCUGUUUUAUUUAUAUUUCCCAUUAACAAAGAAAACCCCAAAUCCAUGGGGUUCUUCGCUUUACAAUCCCAACACUCUUCUCUCCUUCUUCUUCCUCAUAUUCAUCUUCUCCAAUGCCACCACAUAACUACAGACUCCCCUUCUUGCCACUCCUACUCUGUUUCUUCUUCAUCAUCCCCUGUUUCUCCCUCGACCAACAGGUUCAAACUCUCUUCUCAUGGAAGUCCCAACUAAACAUCUCCGGCGACACUCUCUCCUCUUGGAACAUCGCCGACGCAUCUCCCUGCAACUGGGCCGGCGUAAAAUGCAACCAGAGAGGAGAAGUCUCAGAGAUAGAACUCAAAGGCUUCGACUUGCAACACUCCCCGCCGGUGACGAUUCUCCGGAGCCUCAAGUCCCUCACUUCCCUCACUCUGUCCUCGCUCAAUCUCACCGGAGCGAUCCCGAAGGAGAUCGGAGACUUGACCGAGCUUAAAGUACUCGACUUGUCGGAUAACUCACUCUCCGGCGAGAUCCCCGUGGAAAUCUUCAGGCUCAAGAAACUCGAGACUCUGUCUUUAAACACGAACAAUCUCGAAGGUGUGAUCCCGACGGAGAUUGGGAACCUCUCAUCCCUCGUCGAGCUCAUGCUCUUCGACAACAAGUUGUCCGGAGAGAUUCCGAGGAGUAUCGGAGAGCUCAAGAAUCUCGAGAGCUUCCGUGCGGGUGGGAACAAGAAUAUAAGAGGUGAGGUUCCUUGGGAGAUAGGUAACUGCGAGAAUCUAAAGAUGCUUGGUCUCGCCGAGACUAGCCUCUCCGGGAGACUCCCGGCGUCGAUCGGAAACCUGAAACGCGUUGAGACGAUAGCUAUUUACACGUCAAUGUUGUCUGGUCCGAUUCCAGAUGAGAUUGGAGAGUGUACUGAGCUGCAGAAUCUGUACUUGUACCAGAACUCGAUCUCUGGAUCGAUCCCCACGACUGUUGGAAGUCUCAAGAAGCUGCAGAGCUUACUCUUAUGGGAGAAUAACCUCGUCGGGAAAAUCCCGACAGAGCUUGGGAACUGUCCUGACCUCUGGCUUAUAGAUUUGUCCGAAAAUCAUCUCACCGGAGACAUCCCGAGGAGCUUCGGGAGCCUCGUGAAUCUCCAAGAGCUUCAGCUGAGCGUUAAUCAAAUCUCUGGAACGAUCCCUGAAGAGCUAGCCAAUUGCACGAAGCUCACGCAUUUAGAGAUCGAUAACAACCUCAUCACCGGGGAGAUACCGGCUCUGAUGGGUAACCUCAAGAGCUUGACGAUGUUCUUCGCGUGGCAGAACAAGUUAACCGGUAACAUCCCGGGAACUCUCUCGGAGUGUGGAGAGCUUCAAGCGAUUGAUCUCUCUUACAAUAGUCUCUCCGGUUCGAUACCAAAAGAGAUCUUUGAGUUGCGAAACCUCACGAAGCUUCUUCUUCUCUCGAACGACUUGUCCGGAGUCAUUCCCCCGGAGAUUGGAAACUGUACAAAUCUCUAUAGAUUAAGACUCAACGGAAACAGACUUGCCGGGAGUAUCCCUUCGGAAAUGGGCAAUCUGAAAAAUCUAAACUUUAUCGAUUUAAGUGAAAACCGCCUCGUCGGAGUUAUCCCUCCGGCGAUCUCCGGCUGCGAAAGCCUAGAGUUUCUUGAUCUCCACUCAAACGGUCUUUCCGGUUCUUUCCUCGGUACACUCCCGAAGAGCUUGAAGUUUAUCGAUUUCUCUGAUAACUCUCUGACCGGUCCUCUCCCUCCGGGGAUCGGGUUGUUAACGGAGCUAACGAAGCUCAACCUCGCCAAGAACCGAAUCUCCGGCGACAUCCCUAGAGAGAUCUCCACGUGUAUGUCUCUUCAGCUUCUCAACCUCGGCGACAACGCCUUCACCGGGAGAAUCCCCGAAGAACUGAGCCGAAUCCCGUCUCUAGCGAUCUCCCUAAACCUCAGCUGCAACUCCCUCGUCGGAGAGAUCCCGGCGAGAUUCUCCGAUCUGAAAAACCUCGGAGUGCUCGACGUCUCUCACAACCGUCUCACCGGGAAGCUAACCGUCUUAUCCGACAUGCAGAACCUCGUCUCCCUCAACGUCUCGUUCAACGACUUCUCCGGCGAAUUACCCGACACACCGUUUUUUAAAAGACUCCCGCUCUCCGAUCUCGCCUCGAACAAAGGUCUCUACAUCUCCAACGGAAUCUCGACACGACCCGACGGGUCAACCCGGAAUAGCUCCGCAGUUAAACUAGGCAUUUCAGUCCUCAUCGCUGUCACCGCCGUCUUAAUUCUCCUCGCGGCUUACACUCUAGUGAGAGCACGAGCCGCCGCCGCCGGGAAACAGCUCCUCGACGAGGAGAUCGACUCCUGGGACGUGACGCUCUACCAAAAACUCGACUUUUCGAUCGACGACGUCGUGAGGAAUCUGACGUCGGCGAACGUGAUCGGAACCGGAAGCUCCGGCGUCGUUUACCACGUCGCGAUUCCUUCCGGCGAGACUCUCGCGGUGAAGAAGAUGUGGGCGAGGGAGCAGAGCGACGCGUUUAACUCGGAGAUCAACACUCUCGGAUCGAUUCGGCACAGGAACAUCGUGCGUCUUCUCGGCUGGUGCUCGAAUCGGAAUCUGAAGCUCUUGUUCUACGAUUAUCUCCCCAACGGAAGCCUGAGCUCUCGGCUUCACGGCGCAGGAGGGAAAGGAGGAGGAGUUGGCUGGGAGGCUCGAUACGACGUCGUUCUCGGUGUGGCCCACGCGCUUGCGUAUCUCCACCACGAUUGUCUCCCCGCGAUUAUACACGGCGACGUUAAAGCUAUGAACGUCUUGUUGGGCCCCCAGUUCGAGCCCUAUUUAGCCGAUUUCGGUUUAGCGAGGACCGUAUCCGGUAAUCCAGAUACCGGAAUUGAUUCAUCAAAACCGACCAAUCGGCCUCCUUUGGCUGGUUCUUAUGGCUACAUGGCUCCUGAACAUGGCUCCAUGCAACGUAUAACCGAGAAGAGCGAUGUGUAUAGUUACGGAGUGGUGUUACUAGAGGUUUUAACCGGGAAGCAUCCUUUAGACCCGGAUCUACCAGGAGGUGCACAUUUAGUUAAGUGGGUGAGAGAUCAUUUAGCUGAGAAGAAAGAUCCGAGCAAGCUUCUUGACCCGAGACUUGAUGGACGAACCGACUCGAUUAUGCAUGAGAUGCUUCAAACACUUGCGGUCGCGUUCCUUUGUGUGAGUAACAGGGCAAGUGAAAGGCCUAUGAUGAAAGACGUUGUCGCCAUGCUCACCGAGAUAAGGGAUAUUGAUGUUGGACGUUCGGAGAUCGAUAAGAUAAAAGAUGGUGGUAGUUGCGGAAGCAAAGAGCCGCAGGUGAUAACGCAUGAGAAAAUCAUCAUCUCUCACGGUUCAUCUAAUUGUUCAUUUGCCUUCUCGGAUGACUCUGUUUGAAACAUACUAACGGUGAAAAGUGUGAAUUGUGUGUGUAUUUACAAAGUUGUGUGAAUAAUUUUGUUGGAAUUUUAAGCAUUUUGAAAAGUUUUUGUGUAAGGGUCACAACAGAAAGUCUUAUAAUUGCAAUAGAUUUAUUUCUGUAAAUCUUAAUUAUCAAGUAAUGUAAUCAAGCAUAAAUUAA